AUGGAAGGGCGCAGCGGUGGCGCCAUCAACGGAGCGCAUCUCGCGAUCAUCGCCGGCGUUUUUGGAACUAUCGGUAGUCUCCUCGGUAAGCUCCCCGGUGGCGCCGACGCGUCGUCAUUGCUGUCGUUGCUUGUAAAAGGAGCGCUUAUCGUCUUUAUGAUCGUGUGCAACACCGUUGGAAACACGUUUUUUGUCAAAGCGCUUCAUGCCAGCGGAUCUUCCUUGCCGAUAACGAUCACCAGUGCAGCUACAAACUAUGUUUGUUCGGCUUUGGUAGGCUUCAUGGUGUUUGGCGAAUCUGUCUCGUUGAGCUGGUGGUGUGGAACUUCCAUGGUACUUCUCGGCUUGAUGUUGAUCUGUAAUGUUCCCGCUGAGAAGACCGCUUCCGAUAUCGGGGAAAAAUUGAAACAUCAAUAG